AUGUUGCUUCAGUACGCAGUAAAUUGCGUCAUACUGGCGCUUCUAAUUUGUUUUGCGUUUGGUUAUCAGAUGCAGCGGAAUAAGGAAUUUAAUAGUAGUCGAUUUGAGUUGGCGGGUGCGUUGUUUGGCGCCAAAGGCAUGUCUAAUGAAGGUUUUAAGAAGGACAUACAAUCGAUUGAGGACUUUUUGUCGACAUUCAAAGACAUUGUUAAGGCAUAUUAUACAUUGCCAUUAACUGGUACGGGAUUUUUUAUGCAUUACACAGUUGAUAAGGACAACUCAACAUCUAUUCCUCCCGAGCUAGAGAUAGCUUAUUAUCAGGAAUGUUACGAGCAGGGAAAGUGCUCAAACACCUUUCAUAAAUCGUUUACUCUUCUAAAAGAGAACCCACUGGGACCAUUUGCGCAUCCAGAAGCCUUGAUUAAUGGAAGCGAAUCCUGUGAACCACGUCGAGAUAUGGAUGGGUCAUACUACGUACCGUGCCGACAGUCCCCAAUAGGGCAGCUCUUUGACCACCUCGUCAGCGUCAAGCUGACGUUUUCACUUUAUUCGUUGGUUCGACAACCGAACGAGUCACCAAGUCCGAGACUGUGGUUUGUAUCGUUUUUGUUUGAGUUGACUGGACAUAGCUCCGUGAUGACCAUGAACGCUUCAUUGAAUUGUAUUGAUAGGCAUGCCCCUGAGCGACUUCCCAUAAUGAUUAGUUGUACGUUGUUUCCACUGGUCGUUUUUGGGUUUCUGCUUCGUAUUCGUACAUUUCCUCGUUUUUCAGCUUCCGUAUAUGAGAUCUUUGGAAUUCAGAAAGGUGGCAUUGAGGAUGUGCGGAUAUUUUCAUCACGUUUUCACCGUAAUGAGGGAGGCUGGCGUUGGUUAGGCUUUCUGUCGGAUGGGGUUGUGUUGGCCUUUAGUAUUGCGGCAAUUGUAAGCCAGUUUUGCUCUGAAACCAUUUCCAACCUGGAGCUGGCAGUAACGAUACUUCUCGGAUUUUCUGUACUCAUAAGCUGCAUUCGCUUGGUAUCUAUCUUGAGACUCUUUCCAAGUUGCUAUAUCAUUAUUGAUAGCAUUGUGACGGCAGGGCAUCAGCUUGCGAUGUACAGUGUAGCCGUUUUUUUUGUUCUGUUUGGCUAUGCUUUUUGUGGUCACGUCGUCUUUGGAGCUUUUGGUGGCUACUUUGGAACGCUGCCCCGUUCCAUCGUCACACUAUUCUGUACGUCCUUUGGUGACAACAUGAUUGAUACGUUUUUAGUUAUGGACCAAUCGACGUGCAUUCUUCAGAUGAUUUUCGCUCGCAUUUUUUUCGGCACCUUCAUUCUUUUAUUUAUAUGCACCGUUCUUAACGUGGCUUACAGCAUCAUUCAGGAUUCCUACACAUACACUGUGCGAAUGUACUCAGCGUCACGCCGGGACGGCGGUCCAGAACAGUAUAACGCAGUUGGCGUCAGCGCGGAGGAGUUAGCAGACUUUUUGGAAAAAUUGCGGAAAUAA